AUGUAUAUCCUCAAGUGUCUGUAUUUUGUGUUGUCGGUUCUUCCUGGCUUGGCCAGAUGCCAAGGACAGCCUUUCCCGGUGACGGGUCUUAUCACCGGCAUCGACAACGAGACGGGCGAGAGGCCCAUGAGGUGGAAUAUCAACGACUUACACGCUGCGAAUGGUCCGCAAUGGGAUCUUUUCAUUCUCGGCUUGUCCCAGUUCCAGAACGAUUCGGAGCAAGACUGGUUGUCUUAUUUCGGGAUUGCAGGUAUACACGGGCGUCCUUUUAUUCCCUGGAACGGUGUUGGUCCUGUCAAAGGUGGAGAAGGGCGCACUAUGUGUACGCACGGCCAAAUUCUUGGCGGUUACAUACAGAAAGCAGCUGAAGAAUACUAUGGCGAUGAUUCUCACCGAUAUGUACCAGCUGCGCAGACCUGGCGUUUUCCGUACUGGGAUUGGGCUUCCAACAAUACCCUUCCAAGCGCAGUAAAAACGAAAGAGAUGACUAUAAAAGGUCCGAACGGCCCACUGACGGUUCCUAACCCGCUGUACAGCUAUCGAUGGCAGCAAUUUCCUCUCGAUCACAACCCACAGUAUUUCCCUACGACCACGCCUGCGGAAAUCUGGAAUAGUACCGAAACCAAACGGGAUUCGGAUGCAGAUGUGAACGGAAGUUUGAAUCAUUCGGGCAGCCCGUUGAGGGAUCAAGUUGUGAGUCUACAAUACCGUGUGUUCACAUCGGCCAAGGACUUCAUUACAAUGGCUUCAACAUGGUCCUCCGGACCGAGUUUCGAAAACCCACACAACAUCGUUCACAAUGACAUUGGCCCCGUUAUGGCGGAUCUCGAGUAUUCUGCCUUUGAUCCGAUAUUUUGGCUUCACCACUGUAACUUGGACCGAUUGAUCGCCCUGUGGCAGGCCAUCAACUUUAACGAUACGUAUCUGGAAGGUUCUUACGUGACGAAGAACGGGGGGCAAUAUUCUGUGGCGAAUGGUACAACCAUCACAGCACAAAGUCCCUUGAAGCCUUUUUACCAAGACGCACAAAACUUCCACACUGGCAUAACAGCCGCAACGACCAAAAACUUCGGCUACACGUACGAGGGUAUCAACGACUGGAAUUUGACACCCGAGGAGAAUAGUGAAGCAGCCACUUUGCUGGUGAAUCAGCUUUACAGCAACAAUCCAACACAGUCGAAACGACGGUCUCAUGGCCGGAGUUGGAGCCAACAGCGCUGGAUAGAGUACUAUAUCCAGAUCCAGGUUGAUAGGUCAGAGCUGCCUCGGCCUUCCACCGUCAACAUCUGGUUGGCCGAACAGCGUGCCGGCCAGAUGGCGAUUCUCAACAUGCCAGAAAGGGGUCUUACUCAUUCCGAAAUCCCACUCGACCGCGCCCUGAACGUGCUUGGGAUUGAUCUCGACCCCGACACAGUUGACAACUUCCUUGAAAAAAAUCUUCAUGUUGAGAUCCGCAGAAGCGACGGCACCUUGUACCCGGUCGAAUUGGUCCCGAGUCUCAGUAUCGAGGUACAGUCCGAGGACGUCGUGCCUCCAGAUAGUGACAGGAAGUUCCCUACCUACAGCCCACCGACCACACUAUCCAAGGUUGGUGUUGCGAUGAAGCAUCGUGGAAAGAAAUAG